AUGGACGCAAAACAAACCGAGUCUUCUCACGAAGAGGUUAUUCACCAUAACCAAGUGUUUCACACGGACCAAAAAUGGUGGAAUUGGAGGGUUCUCAUGAAUUUGACUAUAGUCGGCUUCGCUCUUGGCCUUUACGGAUACGAUAAUGCCUUUACUUCGCCAUUGGUCUCCUUACCACUCUUCGUGAAUAAAUAUCAAGGUCCAGGAUUUGAUGGACUUCCUGUUUUCACGGCACGCAACCUUGAUUUGGUCAUCACUGUUCCAAUUGUAGGCGCCGCGCUUGGAGCCUUCUCCGCCAUUCCCCUGCAACAAUAUCUGGGGAGGAAAGGUGGCUUCCUCGUGGCAUAUGCAACAAUGUGUAUACCGGGCUCAAUUUUGCAACUCUUCGCCCCAAAUCUAGGAGCUCUCGUUGUAGGCAGAUUUUGGAACUACUUUGGAAUCAGUGUUCUUACAAAUAUCGCCCCCAUCUAUCUCUCUGAACUGGUACCAGCCAGUGUCCGAGCUCGAGCAGUAGGAUUCGCUAUUGCUGGGAGUGGUGCAGUCUCAGUCAUCGCCACGGUGGUAGUGUGGGGAUCAGCCAAGAUUUUGGACAGAAGACAGUAUAUUAUCCCACUUGCAAUCCAGGCGGCGCUACCUGUUCUCCUGUUGGUCUUGUCGUUUUUCCUCACAGAAUCACCCAUUUGGCUUCUUAGCCAAGGUCGAAUAGAUGCAGCCAAAGAAAGUCUUACUGCUCUACGCGGCGGUAAUUCGUUUCUUGCAGAAGCCGAAUUAUCGAUUGCUACCGUCGCACUCCGAUCGACAAGCGAAAAGAAAACAGCUUUCAAGUUCUGGGAGAUUCUGAACCUAGCCAACUUGGAGCGAACAUUAUCCUCUGCUGCGCUGCUCUGCCUUUCACAGGUUGGUGGUCAGAUCUUGGUUGGUACAUACUCAACCGUCAUUUUAGUCCAGAGUGGAGUCUCGGAUCCGUUCAAGAUAACCAUAAUCAUCUUCUUGAUGCAAUUUGUCGGCACACUUCUUGGGCCUUUUCUACUUGAUAGGUUUGGCAGACGAACCGUUGCACUCCCAGGCUACGUCCUCCUCUUUCUUCUGGAUCUUGCAGCUGGCAUCAUGGCGUGUGUUGGGCUCAAAACCCGACCUGAGCAGCUGGCCCUUGCGGCUCUCUGCAUCAUCUUCUCCUUUGUUAAUUCAAUCAGUUUUCAAUCGAUAAUAUACGUUCUCCCAACCGAAAUGCCCACCGCUCAUCUCCGAGAGCCUUCUAUGACAUGGUGCUUAUUCUGGUCAUAUGUGACUGCAAUUAUCACCACGUUUGCUAUACCACAGUUGACUAGUGCAGAUGCGUAUGUUUUGCUAUUCAUUCCUCAUGUUUUCGGGUGA